AUGAUUUUAGCAACUAUCAUAGCGAAUUGUAUUGUUUUGGCUAUGGAGCAACACUUACCAGAGGACGACAAGACUCCAAUGUCAGAGCGUCUGGAUGACACCGAACCAUAUUUUAUUGGAAUCUUCUGCUUUGAGACAGGGAUUAAAAUCAUCGCCUUGGGGUUUGCAUUUCACAAAGGAUCAUAUCUGCGCAAUGGCUGGAACAUGAUGGAUUUUGUGGUUGUUUUGACAGGCAUUUUGGCAUCAACGGGACCAGAGUUUGACCUUAGGACCCUCAGAGCGGUGCGUGUCUUACGGCCUCUGAAACUGGUGUCCGGGAUUCCAAGUUUACAAGUGGUGCUGAAGUCGAUCAUGAAAGCCAUGAUACCGCUGCUCCAGAUAGGACUAUUGCUCUUCUUUGCUAUCCUCAUAUUCGCCAUCAUAGGUCUGGACUUCUAUAUUGGCAAAUUCCAUUCUGCCUGCUAUGACCUCUCUGGAGAAGACAUUAAAGUGGAGGGUCUCUGUGGCAAUGAUUCAACUUCCCGCAGAUGCCCCAACGAUACCAAGUGCCUCAGCAAGUGGGAGGGUCCCAACAAUGGCAUUACGCAAUUUGAUAACAUCUUGUUUGCAGUGCUCACAGUGUUUCAGUGUAUCACCAUGGAAGGCUGGACUGACAUCCUUUACUAUAGUAAUGAUGUAUUUGGAAGCAUGUGGAACUGGCUUUACUUCAUCCCUUUAAUUAUCAUUGGAUCCUUCUUCAUGCUGAACCUCGUUUUAGGUGUUCUUUCUGGGGAGUUUGCCAAAGAAAGAGAACGUGUAGAAAACAGAAGAGCGUUCAUGAAACUGAAAAGGCAGCAGCAAAUUGAGAAGGAGCUGAAUGGCUACAUGGAAUGGAUAUCUAAAGCAGAAGUGAUCCUAGCGGAGGAUGACACAGAUGUUGAACAGAGACUACCAUAUGAUGGGGCCCUACGGAGACCAACCAUAAAAAAAAGCAAAACAGAGUUGCUGAAUGCAGAAGAGGGGGAGGUGCCCAUUGGAGAUAUCUCUUCUUUGGGUUCCCCAUUUGCCCGAGCAAGUAUUAAAAGUGCCAAGUUGGAAAAUGCCUCAUACCUGCACAAGAAAGAGCGCCGAUUGCGUUUCUACAUCCGGCGUAUGGUGAAGACCCAAGCCUUUUACUGGGUUGUUCUUGGUCUGGUCGCUUUGAACACAUUAUGCGUAGCAAUCGUGCACUAUGGCCAGAAGGAAUGGCUUUCUGAAUUUCUCUACUUUGCAGAAUUCAUUUUCCUUGGACUCUUUAUGUCCGAAAUGUUUAUAAAAAUGUAUGGUCUCGGGACCAGGCCUUAUUUUCAUUCAUCAUUUAACUGCUUUGACUGUGCCGUUAUCACCGGGAGCAUCUUCGAGGUGGUGUGGGCAAUGGUGAAGCCCGGAACCUCCUUUGGGAUCAGCGUCUUAAGAGCCCUCCGUCUGCUGCGCAUCUUUAAGGUUACAAAAUACUGGGCUUCUCUUCGUAACCUGGUGAUUUCCUUGCUCAGCUCUAUGAAGUCCAUCAUCAGUCUGCUGUUCCUGCUCUUCCUUUUUAUUGUUGUCUUUGCCUUACUGGGGAUGCAGCUGUUCGGUGGCCAGUUUAAUUUUGAAGAAAAAACACCUUCUACAAAUUUUGACAACUUCCCAGCAGCAAUAAUGACAGUGUUCCAGAUCUUGACUGGUGAAGAUUGGAAUGCGGUGAUGUACGACGGUAUCAAGUCUCAGGGUGGUGUGAAUACUGGAAUGUUAUUCUCAAUCUACUUCAUUAUCCUCACACUUUUUGGGAACUACACCUUGCUUAAUGUCUUCUUGGCCAUCGCUGUGGACAAUCUUGCCAACGCUCAGGAGCUUACUAAGGAUGAACAGGAGGAAGAGGAGGCAACAAACCAGAAACUAGCUCUUCAAAAAGCAAAAGAAGUGUCAGAGGUCAGCCCACUGUCUGCGGCCAACAUGUCUAUAGCUGCGAAAGAACAACAAAAGAAUCAGAAGACUAACAUGUCUAUUUGGGAGCAGCGUACAAAUGAAAUACGGCGGCAAAACUUGAUGAAUAGUCGGGAGGCAUUGUACAGUGAGAUGGAUCCAGAUGAACGCUGGAAGCUGUCCUUCAUGAGGUCAGAUAUGAAAACACACCUGGACCGUCCAUUGGUUGUGGAUCCUCAGGAGAAUCGCAACAACAACACUAACAAGAGUAGGCCGGGGGAUGGGAAGACUCCUUUGGAGCAACGUCUCUCUCACCAACGAGCAGAGGACUACUUACGCAAGCAGGCACGAUUCCAAGAGCGUGGGGGGCGAGGAUAUGAGAUGGGGCAGGAGCCUGGUCGAAGGCCACGGAGUAAAGAGCAGGAUAUCAACAGGGAUUGCCAAGACUUGGGGCCACAGGAUAGGAUGGGGGAAAAUGAUGGAGGAAUACGCCCACCUCAAGAUCCUCACAGGAGGCACAGGGGAGGGGGAAGCAAGGAGAGCAGGAGUGGAUCUCCUUUACCACGGGGAGAUGGGGAUCACCGCAGGCAUAAAGUGCAUCGCAGAACUGCUGAAGAUUCAGAAGAUGUUGGAGGAGGGGGUGGGGGAGGAGGGCGAGGAGGAGAGAGGAGAAUACGUCAUGGUAGGGAGGGUGGGAGAAUAAGGGAUGGUGGGGGAGGAGGGGACAGUGAAGGCCCAGAAGGGGAGAGAAGAAAGAGACAUCGCCAUGCUGCUCAGUCAACCUAUGAAAAUGAUGCCAAGAGAGAUGACAGAGAAAGGCGACAUCGCAGAAGAAAGGAUACAGCUGCCCCUGUCCCAAGCUCUGGUCCAAAUCUCUCCACCACACGGCCUAUUCAGGACCGAUCCCGCCAGGAGAACCAGAACCAGCUACCUGAGAACAUGGAUAAUAUUCGAAACACUAAACUAGUGACAAGUGAGCCCCCUACAGGGGGAGUUGGAGGAAGCGGCCCUAACCACAGUCCUGCUAAGAUUGGAAACCACAUCAACUGCACAAAUACCAAGAGUGUGCCUCCUGGGAAUUCUGUCCCCCUUCGGACUCCCCACCCCACCAAUUCUGGGCCACCUCCUUCUGACCCUGAUCCCAGCCAGUCCCUCAGCAACCCUACAGAAAAUACCAAAGGGGCAAAAACAACAGAUCACACUGUGGUGGAUAUCCCUCCUCCAUUCCCUCAACCUGUGGAGAACGCCGUGGGGCAGGUGAAUAAGACAAUGGCUGUCUCCCCAUUACCUCAGAAGGAAGAUGAGAAAAAAGAGGAAGAAGGAGAUGAUGAUGAUGAAGGAAAAGGACCAAAACCGAUGCCCCCUUACAGUUCCAUGUUUGUUUUAUCCACCACUAACCCUCUUCGUCGACUCUGCCACUUCAUUGUUACCAUGAGAUACUUUGAAAUGUGCAUCUUGAUGGUUAUCGCCAUGAGUAGUAUAGCUUUAGCAGCAGAAGAUCCAGUGGAACCUGAUGCACCUAGAAACAACGUACUGCGGUAUUUUGAUUAUGUGUUCACCGGUGUCUUCACUUUUGAGAUGGUUAUUAAGAUGAUAGAUUUGGGGAUCAUACUUCACCAGGGAGCCUACUUCCGGGACUUGUGGAACUUUCUUGAUUUUAUUGUGGUGUGCGGCGCACUUGUGGCUUUUGCUUUCUCGAGCAGUCAGCGAGGCAAAGGAAAAGACAUCAGUACAAUUAAAUCGCUACGUGUGCUGCGUGUCCUAAGGCCGUUAAAAACUAUCAAGCGACUGCCCAAAUUGAAGGCUGUGUUUGACUGUGUGGUGAACUCCCUGAAGAACGUCUUGAAUAUUCUUAUUGUGUACAUGCUGUUUAUGUUCAUCUUCGCUGUGGUAGCCGUGCAACUGUUUAAAGGGAAGUUCUUCUACUGUACGGAUGAAUCCAAAGAAUUUCAGAGGGAUUGCAGGGGAGAAUAUCUUGUAUAUGAGAAAAAUGAGGUGAAGGCGCAGAAAAGAGAAUGGAAGAAAUAUGCCUUUCACUAUGAUAAUGUUCUGUGGGCUUUGCUUACCCUUUUCACUGUAUCAACAGGAGAGGGCUGGCCAGAUGUCCUUAAACACUCUGUGGAUGCCACUUAUGAGGAUCAAGGUCCACGCCCCGGAUUCCGCAUGGAGAUGUCCAUCUUUUAUGUGGUUUAUUUUGUGGUCUUCCCUUUCUUCUUUGUCAACAUCUUUGUGGCCUUGAUUAUCAUCACUUUCCAGGAGCAGGGGGACAAAAUGAUGGAGGAAUACAGCUUGGAAAAAAAUGAGAGAGCCUGCAUAGAUUUUGCUAUUAGUGCCAAGCCCUUAACCCGUCAUAUGCCGCAGAACAAGCAAAGCUUUCAGUAUCGCAUGUGGCAAUUUGUGGUUUCACCCCCUUUUGAAUACACCAUCAUGGCUUUAAUUGCACUGAACACCAUCAUACUGAUGAUGAAGUUUCAUGACUCACCUGCUGCAUAUGACAGUGUGUUGAAAACAUUUAACAUAGUUUUCACCUCCCUUUUCUCUCUUGAAUGUCUGCUGAAGAUUGUGGCCUUUGGUGCUCUGAAUUAUUUCCGGGAUGCCUGGAAUAUCUUUGAUUUUGUGACGGUUCUUGGGAGCAUCACAGACAUUGUAGUGACAGAGUUCUGGGACAACUUCAUCAACCUCAGUUUCCUGCGUCUUUUCCGAGCUGCACGUCUCAUUAAAUUAUUGAGACAGGGAUACACCAUCCGCAUUCUGCUUUGGACUUUUGUUCAGUCUUUUAAGGCUCUGCCUUACGUCUGCCUGCUGAUCGCCAUGUUGUUUUUUAUUUAUGCCAUCAUCGGAAUGCAGGUCUUUGGAAACAUUGCAUUGGAUGAAGAAGAUGAAGACACAGCUAUAACUGAGCACAAUAAUUUCCGCACAUUUUUUCAAGCGCUUAUGCUUCUUUUCCGAAGUGCCACAGGUGAGGCAUGGCAUGACAUUAUGUUGUCCUGUUUGGGUGGAAAACCAUGCGACCCACUGUCUGGAAUACAAGAAGAUGAGUGUGGAAGUGAAUUUGCUUAUUUCUACUUUGUGUCCUUCAUAUUUCUUUGCUCCUUCCUGAUGUUAAAUCUGUUUGUUGCUGUCAUCAUGGACAACUUUGAGUAUCUAACACGUGACUCAUCCAUCCUGGGCCCCCAUCAUCUAGAUGAAUACGUCCGUGUCUGGGCUGAAUACGAUCCGGCAGCCUGGGGUCGCAUGAAAUACACAGACUUGUAUGAGAUGCUCAGACAUAUCUCGCCUCCCUUGGGUCUGGGGAAGAAAUGCCCUGCACGAGUUGCUUAUAAGAGGUUGUUACGAAUGGACCUCCCAGUGGCAGAUGAUAACACUGUUCACUUCAACUCCACUCUCAUGGCUCUGAUCAGAACUGCGCUGGACAUUAAGAUUGCCAAGGGUGGAGCUGACAAGCAGCAAAUGGACAAUGAGCUUAGAAAGGAGAUGAUGGCUAUAUGGCAAAAUUUAUCCCAGAAAACUCUUGAUCUGCUGGUGACACCACACAAGUCCACUGACCUCACUGUUGGGAAAAUUUAUGCAGCAAUGAUGAUAAUGGAGUAUUACCGAGCGAGCAAAGCAAAGAGACUGCAAAUUCUACAGGAGGAACAGAACCGUACCCCACUCAUGUUCCAGAGGAUGGAGCCCCCAUCUCCAACGCAGGACGGACUUCCAGGCCUCAAUGCACUUCCCUCCUCCCAUCUACAACCUUUAGGGGAAAUGAAUAUACCUGAAGGAGGCAUGAAGGAGAGUCAGUCCUGGAUGACACAGCGGGCUCAGCAAAUGUUUCAGAGGACAGGGACUUGGAGUCCAGAGAGGGGUCGAACACAGGAGAACACCAACAGUUGGCCAAAUUCUCAGUCGGUAGAAAUGAGAGAGAUGUCUCGAGAUGGUUACUCAGACAGUGAGCAGUACCCAGUGAUGGAGGGACAUGGGAGAGCUGCCUCAAUGCCACGGCUACCUGCUGACAACCAGCAGCGAAGGAAACCCCGAACCAGAGGGAGUACUCUCACUACCAUUGCAGAUGGCAGCCCCAUGAAACGCUCAGCUUCCAUGCUUGGUCAUUCACAGUCCAAGGGCAUCCGGUUGGAUGAAUAUUCCUUGGAAAGAGUUACACCUGAGGAAGGUCCUCGUCAUGGACAUCAACGCAGAAGAGAAGGGAGACACCGUGUGUCUGAGAGAUCGCUUACCCGAUAUGUGGACAUGGAAUCAGGUUUAGGUACAGAGGUCAGCACUACAACACAGUCAUGUGAUUUGCCAGGAGAAGAGCGUGGAAGAACUCGGGACCGUAAACAUCAUCACCACCAUCAUCACCAUCAUCAUCACCACCACCAUCAUCCUGGUUCAGAAAGAGAAAGAGAGAGGCUGGAAUACGGAAGACCCACCUCACGCUCACCUAGCACUGGCAGAGACUAUGCCCCACACAGACAGGGCAGUAGUUCAGUGGACGGCAGCCCCGUGCCCUCAACCUCUGGGGCCAGCACACCCCGUAGAGGACGGCGACAGCUGCCCCAGCUACCCCCCACCCCCAGGCCGCACGUUACCUACUCCCCGGUGGUCCGACGGCCUGCCAGUGUCUGCUCCCCCCAGCCACAGCAUUCCCCAUCCAGAAUGACCACCCCUCUUCCACGAAGAUAUCCUCAAAGUGAGAACCGCCCAGGCAGCAACGAGAGGCGGGGGGCUCCAAAUGACUCCCCUAGAUCACAUCACCAUGUCAGCAGCAGGGGACACUGUUCUGAUGCCCCACGUGCUGGAUGCAGGCACAGUGGCCCUUACCGGGAUUCUUCCUAUGAGGGUCCACACCCCUGUGACCAGCGCUCCUCCAGGACUGCCGACCCCGGGGCGGUGCCCCCUCUCUCACCACAUGGGCGCAGGCUGCCCAACGGUUAUUCCCAUGGGACCCCACGACCCACAAAAUCACGUCACGAACGUUACAGCGAGAGUGAGGAGGAUGACUGGUGCUAA